UCGAAUGGUGCUUUUUCGUCUGCUCAAGAGUUUAAAAAAUGUAAAUAAAGAAAUAAAAAGCAAUUGCUUACUUUGACUCUGCUGUUUAAUUAAGGAAAAAAUGAUUCUUUCGAAGGUUUCCAACCAUUUUAUUUUAUUAACGAAAUCCCAACAUGCUCUAAAAGGGUUUUGUGCAGCUGUGUGUCAGAUUAAUACUGCAACCUUUACAAUAGAAGAGCCUAAACGUAGGGUGCCUGUACACGAAGAUGAUUUUAAGGCGCUAAGAAAAACGAGACCCAUUCAACCCGAAAAUCCUCACCGUUUGAAAGUUUCAAUCCUUGGAGAACCAAAUGCGGGAAAAUCAACACUGACUAACAGCCUUGUAAGAUGGAAGGUUUGUUCUGUUUCUAAGAAGGUUCACACCACUCGCAGACGCUCGGCAGCAGUUUUGGUGCAGGAGAAUAAGCAAAUUGUUUUUCUGGACACACCAGGAUUAGUGUCUGCAGAACACAGCAAAAAACAUUCAUUAGAGCCCUCUUUUGUUAUGGAUCCGAUGAGAUCAGUCAGGGAAGCUGAUUUAAUUGCAGUCAUCAUAGACGUUUCUAAUAAGUAUACCAACAGUAGGAUUUCUCCAAAUAUUCUGGAAAUUCUCAGCGAGUGUAAAGAUAAAAAAUCAAUACUUGUGUUGAAUAAGAUUGACGCAAUGAAGUCUAAGGAUCGAUUGCUACAUUUGGUCAAAGUACUGACAGAAGGCACCCUGUACGAUUUCUUUAUUUCCAAGUUUGGAGAGCAAGCAGCGAAGCAGCUCUCUAUUGAAGAAAUAUCGGACGAGACCAACAAGCAUGCUAAUCAAGACUGUGUAGUGGAUUCCGAGGGUGUUGAAGAAAGGAAAGGGUGGCCUUACUUCUCGAGGGUUUUUAUGGUUUCAGCUCUGAGAAACAAUGGUGUAGAAGAUUUAAGGAAUUACUUACUAUCUGAAGUCGUUCCUGGUAAUUGGCCGUUUAGUGACAAUAUGGUUACCGAUCAGCAUCCCCAUGAAAUUGCUUUGAUGACAGUCAGAGAAAAACUUUUGGAAUAUUUGCCACAAGAGAUACCAUAUGCUGUCGAUUUGUAUGUUGCAAGUUGGGAGAUCCUUUCAACAGGCUGUCCGAAAAUAAACAUCAAAAUCAAAUGCAACAAUGCCAGACAUAAACGCUUUGUGAUUGGGCCUAGUGGAAAACACAUAGCAGCAUGUGUGGAGAAGACUCGCCUAGCUUUAAGAGAAUCUUUUAGAAAAGAUGUUGUUCUUAAUAUUGGUGUUGUGUAAAUAAAAAUAAGAAAUGAACUAUAAAAAACCAUAAAUAAACUUUGUAUUUUUAAAUAAACAUUAUCCUGUUUCUCAAUA